AUGGGAAAUGUGGAAAGCAGUUGCUAUGAGAACCACCUUUCAAGGUUUCUUCCUGAGGAAAAGACAGAUAUAGAUGGAGUAUUUGGUACCUUAUCUGGGUCGGAUGGAUCCGGAGGAGUAAAGAUUGGAAAAGCUACCAGAAAAGCUGUAACCCUGGCAAUGUUAAAGGCCCAUGUCCAGGAAGCAUUACCAGAGCAAAUGACCUCUAGGCUAUACAAUGGAAUAAAAAGUGUUGACCUGACUGGGAAGUCAUCUGGGUCAAGUGAACAGAUUGUUAAGGAGCAGUUCAUAAUUUUUAUGUCAGCCCUUUUAAAAGGCAACGUAGAGGAGAAGAGCAGCAUAAUAAUGAGAAUGAUAUCUAGUACCGAAGGGCCUGUGAAGGGAAAACAAAUCCAAGAGUUCACAGAGGAUGUGAUCACCUCUGUAGUUCAUGUACUGAGCUACAGGAAUCUGCUGAAGGGCUGGAAUCUGGAGAAGACUCAAGGUCCUGCCAGUGGAGUAAAGGCUCUGGUUUCUCAGCUGUUAUCAGAACUGAAACUUGAAGAUGGGAAGAAACUUGUGGGACCGCCUCUCAUGGAUGCCGUGUGUGAUCAAAGUACCAUUGAGAACUGGGUGUUCCAAGUUCCACAGAUCUCUACUUUCCUCAGUGUUAUCGUCAGGCAGGGGCUCCUUGUCCUGCAUUCACUCCCAGAUCACGCUGAAGACCUAGUCAAUUUGGUUCCAGAGUGCAAGGGCAUCAACGGAAGAAGUUUUGUUAGUUUUCUGGACAUCCCAUCCAUCAUAUACAUCAACUCCCAGCUCCCCUCGGAGCUACAGCUCAAGUGGAGGCUUUUGUUUUCUUCUCGGGUUCACGGAGAAAGUUUUUCACAGCUGUGUGGGCAAAUCAUAAACAAGGGUCCUUGUAUAUUGGUCUUAAAGGACUCGGAUGGAUAUAUCUUUGGUGGGUUUGCAUCGCAAUCGUGGGAUUCUAAACCACAAUUUCAGGGUGACAACAGAUGCUUUUUGUUUUCCGUUUCUCCCUCUCUCGCGGUGUACACGGACACUGGAUACAAUGACCACUACAUGUAUUUGAAUCAUGGGCAGCAAACUAUGCCAAAUGGACUCGGCAUGGGAGGACAGCAUGAUUACUUUGGGCUCUGGAUAGACAGUAACUAUGGGAAUGGACACAGCAGAGCGAAACCUAGCUGUACCACCUACAACAGUCCUCAGCUGUCAGCUAAUGAAAACUUUACAAUAGAUGCCAUGGAGGUGUGGGCAGUUGGAGAUCUCCCAAAAAGCGCAGUGCUAAAGGGUAAGAAGAGCAUCCUGGAUACAGACCCCGAGGCUCACGCCUUGUUAGAAAUGUCUGGAAAAAGUCGUCAGAGCGAUGGUUUGCGAGAGCAGAUUGAAGAUGAUGAUGACAACUAA